GCCCUUAUGUCACACAUUUAUUGAUUCUAAAACCCCUUGUCAUUAACAGAGGGAACUAGCGGUUCGACCUACGAUAAACUGCAAGUCACACUUAGAACCUCUAAAUCGGCAACGUCAACACGACCGGUGGACUCAAUAGAAUCAAUCCAUUGAUUGAAAUGGCUCAUCCGCCAUACGAUCCUUACUACAUGCCUUCUCUUCAUCAUCACCAUCAUUCUCCGGCCACGCCGCCUCAUAAUCAUCCUUAUCAUCACCUCCACCAACACCAAGAUAUCGGCAUAAACACCCUCUUCGUCUCCGGCCUACCAGACGACGUCAAACCGCGCGAGAUUCACAACCUUUUUCGCCGGAAACCUGGCUUCGACUCUUGCCAGCUAAAGUACACGGGGCGGGGCAACCAGGUUGUUGCAUUUGCCACAUUCUUCAAUCAUCAAUCUGCCAUUGCAGCUAUGCACGAGUUGAAUGGUGUUAAAUUUGAUCCACAAAAUGGAUCAGUCCUGCAUAUUGAAUUGGCUAGAUCAAACUCAAGGAAGAAACGCAAACCAGGGGGUGGUGCUUAUGUUGUUAUUGAUAAAAGAACUAGAGUAGCUGCUAAUGCCCAAGAAACAUUAAGUGCUGAUGGCGAUAGUGACACAGAUGAAGCAUCUCCAAGAGACAACACUAGUUCCGGCAACAGGGAUAAUUCGGGAAAUGAAACCAGUGAGACAACAGCUGUUCCUGACAAAGCAACAUCUAUAAAUUCUGAAAAGACUGUUGAAGGCGUUGUUCAAACAUGCUCAACUUUAUUUAUCGCAAAUUUAGGUCCAAAUUGCACCGAAGAUGAGCUCAAGCAAGCUUUGUCUUUAUAUCCAGGGUUCAGUUUGCUUAAAAUGCGUGCCAAAGGUGGAAUGCCAGUUGCAUUUGCUGAUUUUGAGGAAAUUGAACAAGCUAGUAAAGCCAUGGAGGAGCUUCAAGGCACCAUGUUACCAUCAUCUGAUCGAGGCGGCAUGCACAUAGAAUAUGCAAGGUCCAAAAUGCGGAGAUUCUAGGGGGAAAGGGAGCAGAGGCAAAAAAACUAUCUGUCCCCAUGGAGUUCUUUUUCAGCUGGGUUGCUGUUGGAAAUUUUUGGUCCACAUGAUCUCCUGUGAUUAUAUCUCCAUCACAUUUGAAGAACAAGAUCAAAAUCUUUAAUUUUAGCAAAGUUGCAAAGAAUCUCUUAGUAACUCAAUUUGUUUUAAGCGGUGUCAUUGAUAUGCUCUAGCAAUUUAAAUGGGCCAUCAGCUCUUAACGCCAAUUUCUCGAAUCAGUCCACUGAAAAAACACUUUUUCUAAACGCAUGGCUUGAAAACAAACCUUUUACAA